AUGGCUGAUGCAAGCAACGUUAAUGAUAAUGACGAUGUGGCUAGACAAGAAGCGUUCGAGAACAAAGUUACGGAAGUAGCGGAAGGGGUUAUGCAAGCCAAUCUUCCACGGUUGGCUCAAGAGGUAGAAAGCCGAGUUCUGGGGGUUGUGGAUGCUAUGAUGACCAGUAAGAUCGAGGAAUUGAAAGAACUAAUUGAGGGGUCUAGAAGUAAAGGUAAGGAACGACGAUGCACGUAUAAAGACUUUAUGGCGUGCAAUCCGGCAACGUAUGAUGGUAAAAUUGAUCCGAUCGCAUGCCAAAGAUGGAUUUCAAAUAUAGAAGCAGUGUUCAUUCGAAGUCGUUGUGAUAACGAAGAUAAGGUGAUGUUCGCCACCGGUCAACUCACUUUUCAGGCAAAAGAUUGGUGGGAUGCACACAGUAAAGAGAUAGGUGAAGAAAGGCUCCAAACAAUGACCUGGCAAGAGUUUAAGGAUCCUUUCAUGAAAUAUCACUGCCCUCAGUCCGCCGUUGAUAAGAUUCAAGAGGAUUUCUUACGCCUCCGACAGAAGAACGAGACGAUAAAUGAGAUAUCAAACACCUUCUUGGAUAAGAUGAAGUUUUGUGGAGAGUUUGUGCAAACUGAAAGGAUGAAGAUUAACCGCUUUUAUGGCGUAUUAAAGGCGGAAUUUAGGGAGUUCAUCACUCCCUCGAAGUGCGAGACUCUUGAUGAGCUCAUCAAUCUAGCGCGGGAUAGAGAAAUCGAGAUCAAGAGGCAAGAAGAGCGGGGAGAAAAGAGACCCAAUGAAAAAGGUGGGAAUUUGACCCCGACCAAAAAGGGGAAGUAUCAAGAGCAAGGAAGAAAGGAUAAGUCGAAGAGUGGUAUCACGCCGUGCAAGACUUGUGGAAAACUUCAUACGGGGGAAUGUUUGUUAGGCAAGAAAGGGUGUUACAAAUGCGGUAAGGAGGGACACUCAUCUUAUCAAUGUCCGAAUAGCCCAAAAACUUGCUUCAACUGUUUCGAAAAAGGGCACAUCAAAUCUGAGUGCCCGAAACUCCAGCAAGAGUCGAAGAAGGAAGAUAAGAAACAAGAAGGUUCUAGGGCCAAGCGUAGAAUGUUCCAAAUUACAUCCGAAGAAGCCAAGUCUCACCCGAAUGUGAUUUCAGGUAUCUUUUUACUAAACUCCAUACCGGUUUAUGUGCUAUUCGAUACUGGAGCUACUAUGUGUUACGCCCUAAAACGUAAUACCUUAAAAUGA